GCGAGUGAGCGUUGCAUAGCGAGGGGAAGAGGUGGUUUGCUUCGUUCAGUAUUUUUUUAAUGAACAAAACUACGAAUCACCUCUUCUUUUAAAGAUGUGGACAGAAGUCGGGAAGCUAAUGCUCUUACACGUGUUACUAUUGGAGCUCCACUCCACCCAAGGGAUUCAUACCGAUACGGAUUGUGAAACGGGUCAGUUUCAAUGCAAGAACGGAAGGUGUGUACCUACUCUCUGGAGAUGUGACGAUGACGACGAYUGCUCUGAUAACAGCGAUGAAGAAAACUGUCCGAAGAAGACGUGUGCCACCACAGACUUUGCUUGUAAGAACGGCCAGUGUAUUCCCCAGCGGUGGCGUUGUGACGGCGAGCCGGAGUGUGCAGAUGCAUCAGACGAGGCCGAUGCUACAUGCAUUGUCAGUAUGUACUGCAUGUCCCACUUCUCAUCAAUGUGA